CGUUAAAAGUGUGUCAAAAGUCGGGGAAUUUGCUACAGUGAAGGAAGACAAGAAGUGAGUGAAUUAUUUGCUGCUUAAUUUUUCUUUUUCCAUCUAAGGAACAAAGGAUCUUUUUCUAGAAUAAGAAGAAGGAGAGUCCAUGGAAAUGCUGAAUUCAUGCAUGUUUUCUUGAGCAAUGUGCUGAUGAAAUGUUUAUAAAUGUCAAAAUUAAAGACUGUUUCUGCUUAGGAAAAGAAUCCAAAUGGUCGUUUGCAGUUCUUAUUGCAAUGCUUAUUUUAAGAAUUAUGACUUGGAGAUUUUGAUAGGUUGAACUAGAGGAUGGUCUAAAUUGGGUUGUAUAUAGCUUGAGGAAAGUAUAUUGUGGUACUAAAUAAGGGAAGAGAAUUGGAUAUGAAUAUGCUGGUGGGGAGGACAUGCUUGAACCAAGGGAAGCUGAUAUGCCUGUGUUGUUUAUGGUUUUGGUUGUGCUUCCUCUUGUUGUUUACAUUUUACUUGGGAAAUGGAGUGAGGCUACAAGGAAGAGAGAGAGGAUAAGUUUACUUGCUGAAUUGGCUGCUGAAGAAGCACUUAGGGCACAAGCAAUAAAGCCUAUUCCUAUUUCUAUUCCCUUUGUGUCCACUACAAAGAAUGGAAUUCAUGUCUGUGCUAGAUGCUUAAGUCCUGCUGCUACCCGCUGCUCCAGAUGCAAGUCUGUCAGAUACUGCUCUGGAAAUUGUCAAAUAAUUCAUUGGAGGCAAGUUCAUAAGCAAGAGUGUCAGCAAUUAGAAACUACCAGUUCAUGCUCAUCUCCUAAGGCUACCUCAAUCCAGGACUCCUUUCCUGAAAGAGGAACGGUCGAUGACAGCUUGGACAAAUUUUACUCUCGGUAUAGCAAUAAGCAGGUUUUUGUGGAUAAUAUAACUUCAGAUAAGACAGUUCAUCCCUCAAUAAGUAAUGGGGUCUCUGCCGCCUCCAGUUCUGCAGUUGAAACCUCUCAAGACUCCAUGCUACGGAAAAUAAGCACAAAUAAGUAUGCUUAUCGUAAAUCCAGAGGAAAUUUGGAAGAAACAUCUGGAUGUGGCAAUUUAAUGUCUUCUAAUAUUGCCUCUGAUGUGCAUAUAAAUGGGCACUGUAAUGCCUGUACUAAAAAUGUCCUUCAUGAUUUGCAACCGGGAAAGAUGUUUGAAUCAAGAAACAAAUCAUCAUGUGCAAAUGCUGGAAAAAACGGAAGAAAGAUUCACGAAACAGAAACAGACUUUACUUGGAAUGGAGGAAAUAUGCCCAAUGUAGAAAAUAAUUUAAAUGAUCAAACAGUAGAAUUGAAUUGUUCUUAUGAAGCACCUGUUAUGAAGGAAAAUGAAAGGGCUAAAUGUGCAUCACAGCCUACUGGGACUAAAAUUUCUAAAUCAUCAAAAUCAACAAUGAAAGUCUUUGCAGAACCAUCAUACACAGGAGUAGAGGAGAAGGGACUAAGUGGAGAUGAUUCAAAGGAUGUCAGAAUGAGACAUGCCAUUCCUGCACCAGGAAGCAAUGGGGUUGCAAGCACUGGUAUUAUGAAGAUGGUGGGCUUAAGGAAAUCAGCAAAACUUACUAGACAGGAUGCUGCAGAACUUAGUUGUAGACAAAGAAAAUUGAUGAUGCUGUUCCCUUAUGAAGAAUUUGUCAAGAUCUUCAAUUGUGAGGUUGCUAACUUAUCACCUAGGGGACUUCUAAAUUGUGGUAAUAGUUGCUAUGCUAAUGCUGUCCUUCAAUGUUUGGCCUGCACAAAGCCGUUGAUAAUCUUCUUGCUUCAUAGAUCACAUUCAAGAGCUUGUUGUGGGGGAGAUUGGUGUCUUAUGUGUGAACUUGAGAAACAUGUAAUAAUGUUAAGACAAUGUGGAGGCCCUUUAUCUCCUAGUAGAAUCCUUCUGCAUAUUCAGAAUGUUAAUUGUCAGAUUGGUGAUGGAAGUCAAGAAGAUGCACAUGAGUUCUUAAGGCUUCUGGUUGCAUGUAUGCAGUCUACUUGUUUGAAAGAACUCGGUGGUGAGGACAAGGUCAGUCCUGUUUUACAAGAAACGACUUUCAUACAGCAUACCUUUGGUGGGAGUCUUAGGUCAAAGGUCAAAUGUCUAGGAUGUCAUCAUGAAUCCGAACGAUAUGAAAGUAUUAUGGAUCUCACACUAGAGAUAUUUGGUUGGGUUGAGUCACUAGAAGAUGCAUUGACUCAAUUUACAACUCCUGAAGAACUGGAUGGAGAAAACAUGUAUAGAUGUGCAAGGUGUGCUACAUAUGUUCGAGCUAGGAAGCAAUUAAGCAUACAUGAAGCACCAAACAUUCUUACAAUUGUUUUGAAGAGAUUCCAGGAAGGAAAACAUGGUAAAAUAAAUAAAUACAUUACUUUUCCUGACAUGCUCGAUAUGAUCCCAUAUAUGACUGGAACAAUCGAUAUUCCACCUCUUUACAUGCUCUAUGCUGUUGUGGUGCAUUUGGAUACAUUAAAUGCAUCCUUUUCUGGGCAUUAUGUGGCAUAUGUAAAAGAUUUGCAAGGCAACUGGUUCAGGGUGGAUGACACUGAGGUUCGUCCAGUGCCAAUGAGCCAAGUGAUGUCAGAGGGGGUAUACAUUUUAUUUUACAUCAGGUCUUGUCCUCGCCCUCAGAAAGAAUAUUUUGAAGCUAUCCAGCAACAGGUUCCAGCAUCUGCAGAACACGGCAUCAAAUCACUGAAAACUCAGAAACCUUCGCGAAAAGGAUAUUGCAAAUCAAGCAGCCGUCUUUCUGGUCUGGAGCCUUUACUUGAUCUCAAACCACAAAAUAUUACAGGCAACAUAAACAGAAAUGUUAUGCAAGUGAUGGAAUUCUCUGAUUCUACAUCAAGUGAUUGGUCUCUUUUUACUAGCUCAGACGAGGCUUCUUUCACUACUGAGAGCACCAGAGACUCUUUCAGUACUGUGGAUUACGCUGAUGCAUGCAAUGAAGAUACAUUCUCCUCGAUCUUUGAUAACCUGUAUGCACCACAGUCCUCAAGGAACCCUCUUUGCUGUAGAAAGUUUAUAAAUAGUAGGUCACACACUAGGUUCAUCUCAGAGGAAAGAGGCUAUGUUUUGGACUCGUACUUGUCAAUGCAGCAGCUGCCAAGAGGGUUACAUGGAGAAGAUAGUUUAGAAAAGGUCAGUGAUUCUUCUACUGAAUGCCCUACUGAUAGUUGUUGUAGCAUGUAUUUAAAAUGUGGCAUUAAUUCAAAAUUUGGGCAUGAUCGAACUUCUGGCCAUUUUAAAUUAUAGGCUUGGGGAUCCUGACUGAUAAAUUAGAUGACUUUGCUAGGUGGAAGCUGUGCCUCAAAAUUUUUGUUCUCAAUUCUUAAUUAGGGAAUUGGGUUUGUUUUAUAACACCCAAGGAAAGGAACUUUCUUGUUAACAUCUAGGAUUAGUUUUUUUCUUAGUGUAGAAUUAAUUGUUAAAUUGUAAAGUGUCAGCAUAUCCAUGUGCCUUCCUCCAGAUCCUAUCUGAAACUUCUGUUUGCUUGGAGUACUGGUCUUGUAAUCUAUAUCGGUUGAGCUUAAGUCUA